ACAUGGAGACCGCCAACCCGGAAGUGGCGCGGCCGCUGCGCGCCGGGCGCUAGGAGCCGCGGGUCGCUGGCCAGGCCUCGCCCGGUGCCGCUGUCCGGCCUCGGUUUGCCUCCCGAGCCCCGCGUCUCUUCGGCGCCUGUCCAGGACAGCCGCUUCCGUCCCGCUCUCCUAGGCCUGCGCCACUCUCGGGGGAGGAGCCGAGCCGAGGCCGCGCGGGCGGAGGGAGCCAGGCCCGGUGGCCGCCGACGGUUCGUAUCAGCCGGGUCGGAGGAGGAGCCGGGCCGCGCGGGGCGGAGGCCGGGCCAUAGGGGCUCAGGCCCUGGGACGGCGGCGACGCGAGGCGCGGGGCUGCGCGCGGAGGCCCUGACGGCACGGAGGUGAUGUGGGCCCCGGUGCUUCUUCGGAAGAAAGGGACCCCCGCAGCGGCGGCGGCGGCCUCCCUGCCGGUCCUCCUGACAUCAGCCCUUAGGGACCUCGGGGCUGCCCUGACUCCCCAGCUCGCUGAAGUGCCCUUAAGGAUGCAGUGAUCAGGGUAUGGGGCUCUCCCCGCGGGAGGGGCGCUGCCUGCGCUUCUGAACUCUGCGCAGAGACAACAAAAACAAAAAAACGAACCCGAAAAGCAAAACAAAACAAAACAAAAAACCCAGAAUGAUGCUGUCUGAGCAAGCCCAAAAGUGGUUUCCAACCCACGUGCAGGUCACUGUGCUCCAAGCUAAAGAUCUGAAGCCAAAAGGCAAAAGUGGCACCAAUGACACAUACACCAUAAUUCAGUUGGGCAAAGAGAAAUAUUCUACGUCUGUAGCUGAGAAAACCCUGGAGCCGGUCUGGAAAGAGGAGGCCUCCUUUGAGUUGCCUGGGUUGCUUAUUCAGGGUAAUCCAGAGAAAUACAUUCUUUUUCUUAUAGUGAUGCACAGGUCCCUAGUGGGACUGGAUAAGUUUUUAGGGCAGGUGGCAAUCAAUCUCAAUGACAUCUUUGAGGACAAACAAAGAAGGAAAACAGAGUGGUUUAGAUUAGAAUCCAAACAAGGAAAAAGAAUAAAAAACAGGGGUGAGAUAAAGGUCAGUAUUCAAUUUAUGAGGAACAACAUGACAGCAAGCAUGUUUGACUUGUCAAUGAAGGACAAGACGAGAUCACCUUUUGCAAAAUUAAAAGAUAAGAUGAAAGGGAGGAAAAGUGACGGGGCGUUUUCUGAUACAUCCUCUGCCAUCGUUCCGAGCACUCACAUGCCCGAUGCCAAUCCUGAGUUUUCAAGUGGUGAAAUGCAGAUGAAAUCCAAACCAAAAAAGCCUUUUCUUUUGGGUCCUCAGCGACUCUCUUCUGCUCAUUCAAUGUCUGAUUUAACUGGGUCCCACUUACCUUCUGAGAAGCUGAAGUCCAGCACUGUGGGUCCAACACAUCUUCUCAGUCGCCAGAUAGAUUCCUUUGGAGUUGUUCCAGAAAGCGGAAGUCUCAAGUCUCCACACAGACGAACACUAAGCUUUGAUACUUCUAAAUUAAACCAACCUGGCAGCAUUGUGGAUGAAGGUGAACACUCUUUUGGAAGACAGAGUGACCCAUUUACAAAUGUGACUGCUUCAUUACCCCAAAAAUUUGCAACACUGCCAAGGAAGAAGAAUCCAUUUGAAGAAAGCAGUGAGCCAUGGGACAGCAGCACGAAUUUAUUUUCAAAACCAAUUGAAGUCAGGAAAGAAAGUAAGAGAGAGAAAAGGGAGAAGGUGAGCCUCUUUGAAAGAGUGACCGGGAAGAGAGAUAGCAGGAGAUCUGACAAGCUGAACAAUGGGGGAUCUGAUAGCCCAUGUGACUUGAAAUCACCUAGUGCUUUUAGUGAAAACCGGCAGGACUAUUUUGAAUAUGAGUCAACCAACCCGUUUACAACAAAAUUCAGGGCUUCAACUAUAAUGCCAUCUUCAAGUUUUCAUAUGAAUCCAACAAGCAGUGAAGACCUCAGGAAAAUUCCGGACAAUAAUCCUUUCGAUGCCACGGCUGGGUACCGGAGUCUGACCUAUGAAGAGGUGCUGCAGGAGCUGGUGAAGCACAAAGAACUCCUUCGGAGGAAGGACACCCACAUCCGGGAGCUAGAGGACUACAUUGACAACCUCCUUGUCAGGGUGAUGGAAGAGACACCCAGCAUCCUGCGAGUGCCCUAUGAGCCAUCCAGGAAAGCUGUAUACACCCAGGACCACUUGUCACCAGGGCCACCCCACCUCUGUGGAGAAGCUACUUCAACCCACUCCUGAUUCUCUGAACCCUGAUUUUUGAAGGGAUUCACUACAUCCAGCUCCAGCUAUCCCUGACCACUGUCCCCAAAAAUGAUGAUCUCAAGUCUCUUUUCAAGGAAUAACAAAGUUUAGAUCUCUUUAUUCUUUUCAUAGAAGCAUGGAUUUGUUUAGCCAGUGUUUGAGCUUACGGGAAGUAUAAGCAGAGAUUGGGUAGUACUGUUUUGUAGUACAGUUUGUUCUACUGUGCAUCACGAGCAAAGACAACUGUGCAAAGAUAUAUCUGAAAAUGAGCUGGGGGAUGGGAGUGAUUGUCUGUUGCCUGAUAACCCAAGGCAAUAGCAAGUUCUAGGAAUGAAAGUUGGGCUUGGUUUCAAUUUCAUCAUUAAUAGAACAGAUGGUUGCCUUUGUGCCCUGAACCAAAGACUCAUCACAACUGUAGGUGUUGAGAGCAGGACUCUACCAACAUACAUCAUGAGGCAACCCACGUCCACCUUUGAGGAUUGAUGUCACACACUAUGGGGUCUUUGUUUAAGCCUGCCUCCCUAGAAUGGUAGUUUUCUGUGAAUUAGCUUUCUGUAUUUGUAUAAAAUUAUUCUAAAAUUUAAAGUGAAAAGCAAUGAGAUAAGGAUUUUGCAGAUCUUCUGCUGGUAUUUCAACCUUUCAGAUCUAAACACUCUGAAGCAGACAGUCUUUCUGAAUUGAGGAUGUGAAGACUGGCUGCAUAUAGAGGAGGCUGGGGCCAGGCGCAUUCCGCCGUCCUGUAGUGAGGUGCAUUUUCCUGAUUACUAUCUCUAGUAAGAUUUCACUGAAAGUAAAGUGAAAGCAGAGAUUGUAGUUUUACUGAUUUUCAUAUUUUUUAGUCACAAAAUCCCUUGUUAUCUAUAUUUUCUGAGUUUCUGUGGUUUUCUAGAAAACAUGGGUUUUGAAGUGAAUUUUCCCCCACAUACGAACUUAAGUGCUUUUCUAAAAAUCAAAAUUGAGGAGGAAAAAUGGAUUUUUACAAUCAGUUUUUCUUCCAUUUAAUUAAUUGAAGUGAUUCUGUAAUAAACUUCAAAGUCUGAGGUAGAUUUGAUUUUUCCAUGUGAGAUCUUGGUAAAUAUUAUUUUUAAAUGGUGCCAUUUAAAAUUAACAUUUAUUAGAUGUUAUCAAAUUCUUAGUAUAUUUUGAUCAUGGCAUUGCUAAGACUCUACAACUUUUUAAAGCACCCAAAUCCAUGUAUUCAGUAUUGUGACAGUUGUCUGCAGGUACAAUAACAUGUGUUAGCCAAGUGUGUCCUUUCUAGAGUCUCAGUCUCGUAGAGAUCUGAGCUGUCUGUUGCAUUUGACCUUCAGAAUAAGUUUCCCAUAAAUAUCAUCUGAAAAGCAUGGUUCAAAUGCCUUUGUUCCUUUUUAUGAGAAGUAAGUCAAAAGGCACAGUUUUGCCUCCAUUAGAAUCUGUAUACUUGGAUUCAACAGCCCUUGCUGACUGGCCAGGCUGAAUAGGUAUUUGCUUCUCAGAAUCUGAAGUGAAGCUUUGUCCAAAUGCAGUCUGUUAGGCAGUGAGAUUUAUCUGAUACACAAUUGUUGUUGCUAAAUAAAAGCAAAAGUCUUGAGACAAAUGAAAAGUCUGUAUUUACAUUCUGGAAAAUUUAUUCUAGUGGUAAGAGUUUCACUCAUAAAGUUAAUGUUAUCAUUAGUCAACAUAACAAACUUAUGUUGUUAAGUAAAACAAAUUCCAGAGAACAUAGCAUGUAGCAGUCUCUAAGCACAUGUGCAAGCUGGGCCCUGUAGAAAGAAGGCCGGAAAGACACUUGCUUUGUCUUCCAAGUGGAACACAGAGUAUUCCAGUGAUUUAUUUUUUUAUUAACUUAGAGGUGAAAAUAAAAAUGUAUAUUUCAGUAAACAGUGCAUGCACAAUAGAUUUUUAAGAACAUCUUAUUUCUGAUUUUAGCCUAAAAAUACAUACUCAAUACAUACACUUCUACCAACAAGACUUUUUAAAAUCACAGAAUCAAGCCUGAUUUAAUUUAACACACUUCUGUUAUAUAAUUAAACUAUUUCUUAAAACAACAAUAACAACAACAACAGUAUUUUACAAGCAGUCUCUUAUUAGUUCUAAACAGUAUUACCACACGGCCUGCCUCUGGGAUGUGGCAUUCCUUAACACCAAGGUCAUUGCUUAGAGUUGUAUAUAAGGUACCAUGUAACCCACUCAUGGUAAGUGUUGGAAGCAUUGCCUUUUGCUGCUCUGUUCUGCAUUGACCCCAGUUUUGCCCUCCUCCCAUGAAUGUAGUAUUAUUCAUAGAUUAUACAUAACUACAUGUAUUGCUUUUGGCAGUAAAUCAAGUUCUAGUUGUAAUUUUCCAGCUGUGAAAAUGUUGCCUUGUAUUUAAAAGGGUUUCAUGAGUGGAAACCUAAGUAAAUAGACUCAUUAGUGACAGACCUGCUUCUUCAUGUCCCCCUUCCCAUCUCCCACUCCCUGCAUCCUGCUACCCACCCUGAUGUGAGUGCUUAUUCUUAACAAGGAGAAUCUUUAAAAAUGAGAAAUAAAAAAGACCUGCUAUCUCUAUGUAUCUAUAGUAACUUUUACACUAAGCUUUUGUUUUCCCCUAAAAAAAAGAGCAGCUUACCCUGGAUUAGAAAAGCAGGUUGGAACUCCUUGCUGUCUGUGCCAUCGUCUGUCUCUAGGUAGGUGUCACUCCUGGGUGAAGUGUGAGCAUGCCCAGUCAUGUGAUCUCUUCUCAGAGGGAAGGAUACACUGCAAGCUUGUGGUGCUAUUGGAGAGGGUCUGUCAGCACAUACCGAAAGCCCCCAUUUUCACAGAUUUAUAACUUUAAUAAUCCAGAUGCUGUCCUUGGAGGUAUUUAAUAUGCAAUAGGUAGCACCUUUACUAAUUAAUCUGCAUAUGAAGGGCUUCCUGAUGUAUUUAAUAAGAUGUGUAGAAGCUCUUCAAGCAUUAAACUGAAGUUGACGUUUUAUUUCAUUUACUUUUCUCUGUCAAAAAAUAUCAACCACUUAUAAUGGAAUUGAAGCCUGUUACCUAAAAGUAUUUGGGCCUUUUAAUUUCUGAAGCUUCUAGAUUGUUUGUAUUGUGAGGUACAAAAAAAAUGCUGCAGAUCUAGAAAUGUAUGUUCUUAGCAAGUGUUUGAAUGAUGCAAGUAUUAUUUAUAAUUGAAGAGUCUAUCCCUAUGUUCUUAAGUAAAUGCUUAGUAACUCAUACAUUUUUGCAGGUACAAAAGUAUAUAAACAUUGUAUAAUGUGACAGUUGUAUAAUUUAUGUAAUCUGAUGCAUGAGUCAGAAUUUUUAUAUAUGAUAAUUGAUUUGUUAUA